AGAUAAACAUGAAGUCUGAUGUAUUCGAAAUGAUACACAUAUCAUAAGAAUAGGCCAAGUCUUCUUUGACGUCAUGGCAAGUGGAAACGGCAAAUUUGGCUGCAAUGUGAGUCCGGAAGAAAGGGUAUGUUAUUCUAUCAUUAUCCAAUCCAUGAUAUCGUUUGAUUAUGGCUCUUAAUUGACAGACAGUCAGGCAAGUGUGAGAGCUUCUUUUAAGAUCUGAUCUUUAAUACGAAGGUUUGAAACACUACCACGAUCAUAUUUUACACUUGUCUUCGGAUUAAGAAUAACAAAGAGGCCAAUGUUAUAAAAUCAUAUCUCACAUUUUUUAUUCGCCACAGCUUUGUCAGAUUUGGCAUUGAAUUCUUUACUUUGGUGAAGUUUUAGGAUUCUCUUUGUAAUCGAUAUCAAGCAUAAGUGAAAACUGUACCCUAAAACGUGCCAACAUUUAACUUUAUACUACAUGUAUUGUAUUUCAAUGGUUUUCUAUUCACAAAAGUAAUUCCUAAUGUUAUGAUUAGACGUAUUGUCUAGCGAUAUUUGUGCAUACAAAAAUAGUAUGCAAUCUUUGUGUAAUUCAUUUAUUCGUUCGUUCGUUCGUUCGUUGGUUCGUUCGUUCAUUCAUUCAUUCAUUCAUUCUGCACAAUAACUAAAUAUUUUAAAUAUGAACGCCUAUUUUUAUGUAUAUAGUGUUGAAGAUUUUUAGAUUUUGAACAUUUGUUCUUCUUAUGAUUUGUGGUGUCUGCAUACAGUUUUCAUUUUUUUUUCUACGGUAUGCAUUAAUAAGACAUUAGCUGCACAUUGAAAGAUAUGGUAACGGAUACUCAUAUUUACACAUCGAAAUCGAAGAGAUACAGUAACGAAUCUCAUUGCAUUUUAAAGGUCAGAAAUAAUGCGACCUCCGGCGGACAAUCGGUCAAAAUUUAUCCUGAUCUGACCCAAUUUCAGGAAGCAACGCAAAACGGCUCUACAAGUGAUAGGAUAGCAGAAACAUGUGUACUUAACAUCACGAAAUUGCAAGCCAACAAAGGCAGUUUUUCAUGGUGUUUUCUUGUUGAGCUUGGUAUUGAACAGUACCUUUGGAAACAGAACGUAUACACACAGGGAUUGAAAGUAGAAGCUGAUAACAAAGAGAUUCGUUUUACAAAUACAAAACAUGAAAAUGAGCGAAUCAUAACGUUGAUAGAAGAAUUCUUGACCAGCAUGCAAGUAAUAUCAGUGUCUGAUAUUUACAAUCUGCAGAUUCUACAAAACAGAAACACAAAUGAAAAGUUAUUAGACUUCCUUCGUACACAUAUUGACGUGAUUCCACACACCCAUGUAGUACUCCACUCAGAUGAAAAAGAAGUAUUCUUUGGUUGCAAAGAUGAACAAAGUUUACGAAUAUUUGUUAGCAAUCUACAGAAUGUAGUCUUUAAAAGGGAAUUCAACAUUGCUGAUGGAGAAUGUAGAGAGAUGAUCAAAGCAUUGCAAAUGUCUGGACAGUUGUACAUUCUCUGUUCUGAUCAAGAAACAGAGCACAUGCUUUGCACACAACCUGUGAUUAAACAACUUGAUGAACAUAUGCAAUGUAUUUUUCAAGUACGAUUGCUUCCACUGCAGGUAGAAUAUUUCGCUUCAUUCGGAAAAAUAAAGGUGCAGGAACUGGGUUUGGAAAAUGGCCUUCAAAUUGAUCUCAAUAAGGGAAAUAAAACACUAACAUUCAGAGGAAAGAGAUGUGAUAUAAAAGCCAUGGACGACCGUCUUAAAACGUACUUCCAGCUGAAGAAAAUAAAGAUUGCUUUACCACGCAAUAUACUUCCUACAUUUGAAGGGACAGCAAUGGCGGCUGUAAGUGAACAACAGUGUUGUUAUUCGAUAAAUUGGAGACCAUCUGCAGAAAAGGGACCCGGCAAUAGGCUGAUUGCCUCCUGGAAAAGUAAAGACGGGAAUGGAGUAACACUGAUUCAGGGGCGACUGUUUGAUUUAGACGUAGAUGCUGUUGUUAUACUCGCAAAUACUAGUAUGUCCCCACGAACAACUAUCGCUGAGGAAGAUAUAGUCACGCAAUUCAAAGAUGUGAAUGUAAUGUUGAAAAAAAUCCCCACAAAGCUUGGUAAGGUGUUUGAAGUGGGAGACGAAAAAAAUCAAAGAUCAUACAUUGCCAUUACGGAUUCAUCUUCUGCAACUUCUUUAGAUGAACCAAUUUGCUAUCAAGUAUUGAAAGUGCACUUGGAACGUCUCAGACGAAAAGGGUGCCAAUCAGUUGCGAUACAUGCAUCUGUAUUCCCAGAAACACAUGUUUGUACAAAGGACAUCACGAAUUGGUUCAUAAAGGCUUCGUUGGAAGUUCCAGAGAUGAGCUACUACCUUUGCGCGGACAAUAAAGAUGAUCUUGGUCAAAUUGCAGAGGACGUACGUUUGAAUUGUUUGUCUUCAAAACCAUCACACAACUAUUUGAGGCAAACAUUUGCUGUUGACGUAGUAUUUGGAGAACCUCGUAUGCUUGAAGUCCACAUACGCAAUGGUACAUUGAUUGCUGAUCAAAAGGCAGAUAUCAUUGUGAAUACAACUGGGAAAUCCUUGCAAUUAGAAAAAGGUGGGGCAUUGUCUCGUUCAAUUGUCCUGGCUGCUGGUGUUCAGCUUCAAGAUGAGUUGUCAAAAGAGUAUCCUGGCGGUUUGAAUGAAGGCCAAAUUGCAGUCACUUCGUCUGGAAAGCUCAGCAGAAACGGCGUACAUGAAAUAAUCCACUGCGUUCUUCCGAAAUUUGACAAAGAAAAAUUCGACGAUGACAUUAAAGCCAUGGUGAAAACGUGUUUAGCAGAAGCAGAUAAACUUCAAGGGAAAAGCAUUGCCUUGCCUCCUUUUGGAACUGGCCGGCAUGGGUACCCAAUACGCGAAACUGCUCUUGCAAUGUUUGAAGCGAUAGACGAAUUUUCGGAGGAAUCAGUUGGAAUGACUCUUCAAACAAUAUAUAUACCCACUCUUGAAGACGAGCAUUGCAAGGCUUUUAUAAGCGCACAAAGUAAGAGAUCGAGUUCACCAGAUAGAAAGAAAAUAAAUAAUGAAAACAUGGUGGACUUCUACAAACAUAUUGGAAAUGGACAGUAUUCUCUACGUGUUUGUGUUGGGAACAUAUUCUUACUAAAAUUUCUCCCGAGAUCAACUCUUCACGUGUACUUCGCAGUCGGUGCAGGCGAACAAGGUCUAAACUGGGAAGAAAAGAAGGACAAUGAUUACACGUGGAUCGGUAUUUCUGAUGAAAUAUCGCAUAUUGUACAUGCUGUGGAAACAGUACUGGACGCUUGCAUCGAGAAAAUGAUCACAGAUGUUGCCUUAUUCAGCCCAGUUCAGCAACUCGACCGGGAAGAUUUCACAGACGUGCAGUUUGUUCAGACAGUGAUUCGAGCCUUUGAAAGAGACCCUGCGAAAUUACGUUACCUGAGGAGCGCACUUAUAUUGUUAGCUAGUGGAACGAACAUCGCCAGUUUAGAAAAAAUGUUAUGUGGUACGAAAAUGAACACAUUACGAACUUACGUCGGAAAUUCCAGCUUUGUUGGAAUGCCCUGGGUAAAGCCUCCAGAUCCGGCUGUUGAAAUGUGUGUGUAUGGUGCUGGGGAAAAGACGUCAAUUGCUUUGGGGAAUAUUGAACAGAUUACUUCGUCGCCACAUUCGUUCGGGAAAGAAACCGAGACAAAGAAAGAGUUGGAUCUUGGAACGAAUGUUGACGAUGAUUAUGACGUGAUAGAAGAGAUUCAAACAAAACAAACAGUCUGUGAAACUCCGAAGAAACCCCUUAUAGACGCUGAAGAGGUGAGAUUGACAGCGACGAUCAAUCAGGGCAUUGUAAAGUAUUUACAAUCACACGAGGCCUUAGAUGCUUGGUCAAUUGAUGUACAAAAGUGCUUUGGUAUAUCAUUGCAGUCUUCAGACAAUUGCAUUAAAGUCCAAGGACGAUGCAGAAAUGUUUCAAUGUUUGAAAAUUAUUUGCAAAACUUCUUUCCAAAUGAACCAGAUUAUGCCAAGGGCCAAAUGGAGCUCGCGUAUUCGGGAUUAUCGUUCGACGACCGUCAUUUUGCUGACGUUUCAAACGAUGGUUCUUAUUCGGAACUGAUCGCAAAACUGAUUUCAAGUCAUCUGAAGUAGACUGUGGUGAUUUUUUUAUCACUAUAAGUGUGGGAGACAUUGUUAAAAGCAAUGAUGAUUUCAUCAUAUCGCCUUCGGACGCACUGAUUUCAAACUCGAAUGGUGUCGCCUGCGCUUUAGCAAAGGUUGGCGGAAAUGAUUAUCAGAGAGAAUGUAAAAAUGCUGCGAAAACACAAUUACAACCAGGAGAGUGCUGCGUUACGGGAGCAGGGAACCUUAAAUGCAAGAAGGUUAUCCACGCGUUCCUGCCAUAUAAAGAGAAAUUCGGAACACAAGACUCUUUAGAGUUUGAAAACAUCCUGUUAAGUUGCUUUGAAAUAUCCAAUUCAUUUGGAGCAGGUGCUAUAGCAGUUCCGGCCUUGGGGACAGGUUUGCUUCAUCGUCUCAGUUCCAAGCAAAGCGGUCAAAUAAUAGCAGAGGCAAUUAAACGAUUUAAACCGAUUACGAGGAAGCUACAAAAUGUACACAUCGUUUUGAAAGACGAUGCAAUAGCAGAUGAAAUGAAUAGGGUUUUUUGUGAUAUCCAAUCAAGCAAACAAUGGCCGAUCUCCGACAAGGUGGCUCCGGUCAAAAUCACGCAAUAUGUUAGCGUAAGUGUAGUUGUUGGAGUUACCACACAUGGUCAGGUAGUCUUUACAAACAAAUCGACAUAUCAACGACCUAAAGAAAAUACCCAAGAACGCAUGAGCCAGAAAAUAUUAGAUCCAUCUCCAAAAUGGAAUCCAGAAAAAGAAAUUGAUAUCCGAGAGUUCAAGAAGAGAAUAAUGGAUAAAACGAAGCUAAUCAUAGAGGCAGGUGUUGAACAAAGAAGUUCAAUAAUCAAUCUGCCUUUGAUUGGAGAAAGUGGCAAUGAGGCCAAGUUUCCAACUCCAUUACGUUUCUGUGCUUUGGCAAUAUCAGAAGGUUUGAAGAGAGUGUGCAGUAGGGUACCGAAACCGAUGACCGUUCAAAUAAAUACUUCAUCAAAACUACAAGCAAACAUUAUCUAUGAAACCGUGAAAUCGUUUAAUUGGAACACACAGGCAGAUGUUGGAUGGACCUAUUGGGGACAAAUUGGAUUGCCUACAAUUGUCUAAUCAGUUGAAUGGACUCCGUUUCGUACAAAUAUUGUUUGAAUAUGAAACUGAUAUAUUGUCAAAAAUAAUCAAUUUAUGUUAUGCAAUAACUUGUCGUUGAAAAUAUCAAUGACCAUUUUAAUUCGGAUCAACCAUUAAACAUUUAUGGUUAGGUGUGAAUGGACAAAUAGUGACACUUAGGCAAUGUUGAUAAUCAGAAAGUGCUUGGUGUUACUAAUAUUAACAGGUGUAUGUUAUAUUUUGUAAAUAACUGAUCCUUUCUUUUUCAUAUGUAAUCAGAAUAAAUAGUUA